AUCGAGCGGCCUCCUGCGCCUACGUUCAAGUUACCAGUCGCGGUGCGAGCACAGACGUUCAAUUGUUUAUAGUGGUGCGGUUUAACCUUAGUAUUUGCGAAGAAUAUCGAGUGUCCAGCAUCGUGAUUCAGUGUUUUCUGUCUACCGAUAAUUAUGACAACCUGCCAACGAUGAAUUGAUCGAUGUCGUAAAGCUGGAUUUCAUUGCGCAGCUAGAAACAACCUCGCCGAAAACAAAUCUGACGUACUAACCUCACCUGGAUAUCGGCGGCAAGUGUCAAUUGUUGCCGACCACGUUUUUCCGUGAGUACCCAACGAAAUUAUUUUUCCACUGUGGAAUAGAAUACGACUGGAUUUGUGGAGAAAUCUGUGAACGGAUAAAAUAAAUUAUUUGUAAGAGCUUUCUAAGCUCUUUGUUAUAAAUCCAACUAUACAUCGUGACAUUGUCUUAUUUAUAACUUGGUAAGCAAUGUGUCUAACGAAACACGUUCACGCUCUGAAUCGCGAGUUUUAUUUUAGUUACUCUACCGUGGCUACAAACAAUAAUAGGAACUAUCAUCCGAUAUUUUGAUUGUGUGUGAAAAAAACAUUUAGCCGUUAUUUAAAUUUUUAUAUUAACUUCAACCUAACCUAAAGAUACUCUACCAAAAAUGAGACUCAUCAAUUCUGAUAAACUCGCCGAGCUCCAAAGCGACCCAAAUAGGAUACGUAAUAUCUGCAUCCUCGCACACGUGGACCAUGGAAAAACUACAAUGGCAGAUUCCCUUGUCGCUAGCAAUGGAAUCAUCUCCAGCAAACUUGCUGGAAAAAUACGAUACAUGGACAGUAGAAUAGACGAACAGCAGCGUGGUAUUACUAUGAAAUCUAGUUCAAUAGCUCUUUAUCAUACGACGGAUAAUAAGGACAGUGAGUUUAUCGUAAAUCUCAUAGAUUCUCCGGGGCAUGUAGAUUUUGCUUCCGAAGUAUCUACGGCUGUCAGACUUUGCGACGGCGCCAUCGUUGUUGUAGAUGUAAUAGAAGGAGUCUGUCCUCAAACUCGAAGCGCACUUUCGAUAGCGUAUAUCGAGGGGUUGAAGCCUGUACUCGUACUAAACAAAAUUGACAGAUUAAUAACUGAAGUAAAACUAUCGCCACUCGAUGCCUAUGUUCAUUUAAUGCAAGUAUUAGAGCAGGUAAAUGCUGUGAUGGGAGAACUGUUUGCUAGCGAUAUUAUGGAUCGCGACGAAAGAGAAGAGGGAGAAAAGAGUCAGGAUAACAAUUUGAACGAAAGAAAUUUGGCUGAUUGGCAGUCUGCGUUGGAGGAAGCGGAUGAUUCGAAUUUGUAUUUUUCACCUGAAAGAGGCAACGUUUUAUUUGGUAGCGCGAUGGACGGAUGGGGAUUUGGUAUAAAAGAAUUUGCCAAAAUAUUUUCUACCAAGUUGGGCUUCAGUGAAAGAGUACUGCUAAAGACUCUAUGGGGGGAUUUUUAUCUUAAUAGCAAAACUAAAAGAAUAAUGAAAGGUGCUCAGGAAAAAGCAAAGAAGCCAUUGUUCGUUCAACUAAUUCUAGACAAUAUUUGGGCUCUCUAUGAAACCGUAGUCGUACGUAAGGACAAAGAGAAAAUGAUGUCGAUCGUAGAUAAAUUGCAGAUCAAACUUACAAUCAGAGAUCUCAGACACACGGAUUCCAGAACACAGCUUCAAGCCAUAUGUUCACAGUGGCUUCCACUGGCAAGGGCAUGUCUCGAUAUGACCUGUGAGAAUGUACCAUCGCCAAAUAAACUUACAAAAGAAAAAAUAGAAAGACUCAUGAGUGGAAAUAACGACUUUUCCGCUCUGCCUCAAGAGACCCAGUCCCUCAAAAAUGCGUUUCUGAAAUGCGACAGCUCAGCUGAUGCUCCGGUCAUAGUUUUUAUAUCAAAAAUGUUUCCGGUAGACAGAAAAACACUUCCCGAAAAUAAAGCCAAGCCUUUAACCCAAGAGGAACUCACUCAGAGAAGGGAAAUAGCAAGGCAAAGACAUGCAGCUCUAUUGGAACAACAAAGAUCAGGGGUAUCCAUGCACCCACCGGAACAGAAUGAGAACCUCGAACCGCUAAGAGACUCGAAUCCCGUAGAAGAAUUAUCUGAAGACGUAUUAGUCGCUUUUGCCAGAGUAUAUUCAGGUACUCUUAGAAAACGAAGUCAAGUUUACGUUCUCGGACCAAAACACAACCCCAGGACAGCUCUCGAACGUCAGCAAAAUGGAGAGGAAGUAGACAAAAGUACUUUGUUGAAAGACCUGAAAGCCGGGAGACACGUAACUAUUGCAACUGUUGAUCAAUUGUAUCUUUUAAUGGGGCGGGAUCUCGAACCUCUGGAUAGCAUAACCGCAGGCAAUGUAGUAGGGAUUGGAAGUCUGGAGGACCAUGUUCUCAAUACAGCGACUCUUUCCUCAACAAUAGCAUGCCCAUCGUUCGCAGAGCUCACCUCUCUGACUGACCCGAUUCUCAGGGUUGCUCUGGAACCAAAACAGCCUAAUGAUCUCCAGAAGCUAAUCAAAGGCUUAAAACUCCUGAACCAAGCAGAUGCUUGCGCGGUUGUCCAUAUACAAGAGACAGGAGAGAUAGUUUUAAACACAGCGGGUGAGGUACAUCUCGAAAAGUGUUUGGAGGAUCUGAAGCUUCGCUAUGCGAAGGUAGAGAUCAAUGUUUCAGAGCCGAUAGUUCCUCUGAGGGAAACAGUGGUCCCGCCGCCAAAAGUCGACAUGGUGAACGAAGUGAUAGAGAGGAAAGAGCAGCAGUCGAGCCUCGAGAUGUGGACCGCCAAUCGACAAUGUUGUUUCGAAAUAGAUGCAAAGCCAUUGCCCGACGCUGUGACUAAAGUCCUGGAGAAGCACUCGGAUCUGAUCAAGCUCAUCGAUCAACACGUCGAGAAACUUGGUAAGGAAACCGGAGAGGAACUUCCAGAUAUUGCAAAAAUAUCCCUGGAGCCUUCUGUACUACCAGAACGGACCCAAAAGGCUGUUGAGGGAUUCUUGGCCGAGCUGAAACUCGCUUUUGAAGACAAUGGUGAAAAAACACCCCUCGAGAAGAUUUGGUGCUUCGGGCCAAGGAAGUGCGGACCAAACAUCCUGCUGAAUGAAACUGACUACGAAAAACGGCCUUUUUGGGAACGGCAAAUAAAAUCCACGGAUCCGAGAGCGGCGUAUGAAAGCAGUAUCGUGAACGGUUUUCAACUGGCAACUUUGGCGGGUCCAUUGUGCGAGGAACCGAUGAUGGGCGUCUGUUUCGUGUUGAAAAAAUGGGAAAUCCACGAGAGCUCUUCCAGUGACGGCAGCGGACAAAGUCAAGGACAUCUCGGAGGUCAGCUGAUGUCUGCGUGCAAAGAGGCUUGUCGUAGGGCCCUCAGUCUUCGCAGACCCCGCCUGGUCACCCCUAUGUACUCUUGCAGUGUCCUGGUGAAUUCGGACGUCCUCGGUAAACUGUACGCCGUGUUCGGAAGACGGCAGGGUCGAGUGGUGGCGGCCGAUAGCGCCUCGGGGUUCGGCGGUCAGUUUCGCGUUCUGGCGACUCUCCCGGUGCCCGAGAGUUUCCAGCUAGCUCGGGAGCUAAGAACCCAGACAUCCGGCCUGGCGAGUCCUCAACUAGUCUUCAGUCACUGGGAGGUGAUCGAGCAGGAUCCGUACUGGGUGCCGUCGACGGAAGAGGAGUACCUCCACUUUGGCGAGAAACCCGACAGCGGUAACCGGGCUAAACGAUACAUGGAUCUGGUGCGUCGUCGCAAAGGACUUCCGGUUGACUCUCAGCUAGUUACCCACGGCGAAAAGCAACGAACUCUCUCGAAAAAUAAAUAAGACAUUCGAUCCGGCUACACCGUAAACAAUUUCAACGUAUUAUUUUAUUUUCACUAAUUUUCAGCUCCUCAUGGUGAAGAAUAACUACUUUUAUUUUCAUUCAUUUUGGUUUUCGAAUUAUCGUGGGAUACGAAAAACACGAAAAAAAAUAGGCGAAACUUUCAAGAUAGACGAAAGAUGAUCUAUUCCUUAUCUAACGAGACGCCGCGCUGUGAGAAAUUUUUGCGGCGAUUCAUACAAUGCCUCUUCAUUAUUACGUUUUAUUGACAGUCGUUAUAAAGUAGAAAAAAAAAAAAAAAAAUCUGACUGCAUCAGCAUCAGCAUUAUUUUAUUUAUUUUAUUAUUUUACUUCGAACAUUUUUUUUUCUCCAUUUCUACGUAACUUACACAUACGCGAGUGUAUUAAAAAGAAGUAUAUAUAUAUAAAUAUAUAUACAUUUAUACGUAUAUAUAUUCAUGUACAAAAAAUAUAUAAUUAAAAGCGACGUACACGUGCGGAUUUUUAUCGCUCAGUUUAUUAUAUAUAUUUCGUUGACGACUUUACAGAAGAUCACGAAACUUGUAACGCGAUAAUUGAAGUGCGAUAGGCGAAUUUCUUAACAAUCGCGUGCUAAAUUUUAUCUGCGGUAUGAUAUGUAAACAUGUGUAUAAUAAUAUGUAAAAUAAUAACGUAAUAAUAUUUUGGCAA